GUGCACAUUAUCCUGGAUGCGUCUGGACUUGGGAGUUGGGACAGGUCGUCUCCUCCCUGACUUGCCGCGUUUAUUAACUCCAUCCACGGCAAUAUAAUGUAAUUAGCUAAGCACUGAAGCCAAUUGACCAAAUCAAUCCACGGCAAGAUCAACACCAAGAAUGGCGAGGCCGCAGCCCCACGCCGUGGUGGUGCCAUACCCGGGUUCCGGCAACAUCAACCCGGCGCUGCAGCUGGCCCAGCUGCUGCACCGCCACGGCGUCUUCGUCACCUUCGUUAUCACCGAGCACAACCUCCGCCGCGCGCAGAACGCCGCCGCGCAGGGCGCCGUGCAGGGCGGCAAGGGGUUCCGGGUCGAGGCCAUCCCGGACGGGCUGCUCGACGCCGACCGGGAUGCGCAAGACUACGACCUAGGCCUGUCCAAGGCCGUCACCCACCGGUGCGCGGCGCCGCUGAGGGAGCUCAUCGUUCGGCUCGGUGCCACGCCCGGCGUCCCGCCCGUGACGUGCGUGGUGCCGACGGCGCUGAUGAGCUUCGCGCUGGAGGUGGCGCGGGAGCUGGGCGUCCCGACCAUGAUGCUUUGGGGCGGCAGCGCGGCGUCGCUCAUGGGCCACAUGAGGCUCCGGGAGCUCAGGGAGAGAGGUUACCUACCGCUCAAAGCUACUCGACGUCCCUUUGACUUGGUCAGCUGCAUUAUGAAAUUUUCAAAUUUGCACUGUUUAUCACCCAUGCCGUUGACUAAUUAGCCAAUCAACAUCAUCCGUGUUUAAAAAAAUGAAUAAAAAUAGUUUUGGAUUUUUUUUUACUGAGGGACUCAAGUAAUUGGUAGUUAGUACCAAAUAGAUCUGACAUUAUCAAAUGAUCUCAUUUUUAGUCUCUUUCCUUGGUAGUAGUAAUUCAACCAAAUGUUAUCUACUAUUUCACUUUUGUGCUAUGCAAUUGUUACAAGAUUUAACUAUUCUUUUUUCUUGGAUCUGGUUGUUUUUAUAUAUUACAGGCCAAUUGCUUCACUUCAUUUUUUUUGAGCAAGUUGUUU